UUGAUGCAGGGUUGGGGGUAGCAUUUAUAGUUGUUCUGUGUGGGGUCCUGGGACAUUCAAAGGAACUAACUAGUUUAUGUAAUUAUGUUUGUACACACAAACGACCGAGUGCCUUGAAAUAGUUGGAUGCUUUCUCUGUUUUUUAACGGUGAUUGCCCAGUUUUAUAGCUUUGAUGGAUUUCUUGUCAUAAUACACUUGUUUGCAGAGUACAGCGUUAGUGAGAUCAGAUAUGUGUGAAGAAUUGCAAAAUCCAAAGAAUUGAUGUAACUGAUUGACUGUUGACGCCCCUGACAGUUUGUUUGUUAUUGGCCACAGCUGCUGUAUGUUCUUAAUGUGGGCUUUAUAGGGAUUUUCAACAACAAGGUCCAUUGCUGUUGACAGUGAGUUGUGUUUUCGUAAGCUGUCGAAGGCAAUUUUACUUGUUAUUGGAUUGUGACCUGUUUCGCUCAGAUUUCAUGUUGUUAAAAGUGAACGAUGGAAGGAGGAAAGAAGAAAGACAGACAAAAAAAGUCUCCGACAGAAAAGGUAAAACUUUCAAAAACUAAAAAAUGUGAAAACUCAGAGGAGGAAGAAACUGCAUUUCCUACUGAGACUGAGGUUCAGGAAUGUCCUGUUAAAGCAGAGGAAGAAGAAGAAGAAGAAGAGUUGGUAGAUGAGUGUACAGAACGAAAGGACCAAACGGCAGGGAGAAAGAGGAAGAAAAAGCGAGGCCCUAGGAAAAAUCGCCAUUCUGACCUGGAUCCUCAGACCGUGAGCUAUUUUCAGCGAGUGGUCCACAUCUUAAAAGAAGGGUUCAGUACAGAUGAAGAGAGGGCUUUAUUCGUCACUAAUGUGUUUGCAGAAGUGAGUGGCAAAGAAGUUUCUCUGUCAUCUGACCAGCUGGGGAGUGUGGUUUUGGAAAAACUACUGCCAUAUGUUACGGUGUCACAACUCUACAGCUUCUUGUCUGCAUUUAGCUCCAGUUUUGAGGAGACAUCUCACCACAGGUGUGCAGCUCACGUCAUUGAGACAGCACUUCGGCAAAUUCCCCACUUUCAUCAGCAUUUACAUGACACUGUAGCGGAGGAGGAAAGUUCAAAAAGUGAGAAAACUGAGGGGACCAGGACUUUGGAAGAUGUAGUGCUACACCUGUGUGCAACUGUGAAAGUGGGGCUGGUGGAUUUUUGUAGGGACAUCCAUGCCAGCUUUGUGGUACGAACACUAGUUCAGGUACUUGCAGGUAUCUGGCUAAAUACAAGUUGUCGAGGAAGCAGCAAAAUGCAGGAUUCUAGCUACAGUAACAGGAAGCAAACUGUGAAUCCAAGUCAAGUGAAAGAAUAUGAACCUCCUGAGAGCUUUCUGGAACAGCUGUUGGCAUUUUCCACCUGUGUGCAAGAAAACAUCCAAGUGUUUGUGACGGAUAGAGUAACCAGCUAUGUGUUCCAAGUGAUGCUACAAACUCUACAGCGCAGGCUGCCUGAUGCCUGCAAUGAGCUGUGUACAGCUGUUGUGAAUUACCUGACAUCUAGAAAUCCCACAGCGGACAGCAGCUCUCUACUGAUCUUUUUGAAGGACCACAGUACAAGUCAUCUUUUAGAGAAAGUUCUGGAGGCAGCUGACAAGAAAUUGUUUAAGAAACUUUACAAAUGUCACCUCAAGGGGCACCUUCUCAGUCUCUCUCUUCACGAGGUUGCCAACUUCACUGUCCAGCGUGUCAUUUCUGCAGCCCCCACUGCCAAACUGUUCGUGAAACUCUUUGAUGAGCUUUGCCCUGGUCUGGAAGGAAUUUUAGCAAAAGGUCACAUGGGUGUAAUUACACAACUAACAUUAGCUUGUGUAAAGCACAGAGCACAGCAGGAAAAUUUGCUGAAUAAACUAAUGGAGGCAUUUCACUGCGCAGAACCACCGUCUCGUCAGAUUACCUGUGCACCAUUGUUCCUGUCCCUCCUGGCAUAUGAAGUACACUAUGCAUUGAGUGACGAGGAUUGUGAUCGGGACCACCAGCCCUGUGAGACCAGGAACCUGCAGAAGGUGAAUUACCAUGGGUCUGUGCUGGUACAGCACCUUUUACAGUUUGAGGAUCCCACCACAGUUCUUAUCAGCCUGAUGGCCAUGUCUGAAGAUGACCUUGUGACCCUUGCAUGCGACCCUGGAGGAAGCCACGUGUUUGAUGUCUUGAUAAGUAAUAGCAAUAUACCUGAAAAGCGCAAAAAGAAGUUUCUGGGAAAACUAAAAGGUCACUAUGUGCAGUUGGCAUGCAGUAAACAUGGGAGUCGUGUCUUGGAUCAGAUAUGGAAGGGUGCCAGCCUUGGCAAAAAGCAGGAUAUUGCACAAGAGUUGGUUGCAAAAGAAGAAGAGCUGCGCAGGGAUACCUUUGGGCAUCACAUCGUGAGGAACUUUGCACUGGCACACUUCCAAAAACGGCGACGUGACUGGGAUGAGCACCAGGCAGCAGACAGUAAACUGAAGAAGAUGUUUUUGGACAUCCUUGAAGAUUAAGCUGAAAAAUAUGUUUUAAAGAAUGCUUGUGAAGGAAUGUUUUAAAAAUUGUGGGUGAUGCUCGUGGAACUGAUUUUUGAAGAAACAUUUAAGAUGUGGAACAGUUAUAAAAUACUAUGUUUUGUAAAAUAAAAGAUUGUAAUGAUCUGAUGUAUUUUAAAAUGCAUGUGUGUGUAGAAAAAAAUAUCUUUUCUGUACUCAUGUUGCUUUAUUUAUGGAACCCUUUGAGAAUACAUAACUCUUUGCUGUCUUAAGCCAAGUGCCUUGCUUAACAUUAAUCUAGGCCACAGUACCUUAACCACUAGUUGUAUGUAAAGAGUUCAGGGACAUUUUCCAAAUUCUGGAUUUAGAAAUAAAAAGCUGUCAGUUGUGAAAACAUG